AUGCCGCUACAGCGUGCGUCUGACCGACCGAGCCGACCGGUGCUUCGCCGCCCAAAUGGACGCCCUCAGGCUUGCGAGCCAUGCCGAAAGCGCAAGGUGGCUUGCGACAACCAUCAGCCCAUUUGUCGUAGGUGCCAGAAGGCCGCCCGAAGUAUCCAUUGCGAGUACAUCGUCGACUCGCGCAUGUCAAUCCGGACCCCGUUCUCACCUGGCCAACCCAUAUCUGCAUUACCCACCUCAACCUCCAGCGUCUCGUCCCCAGGACACCAAAUCCAGGAACCUUCCACUAGUAAUGUUGGUAAUAUCAGGCCCACUGUGGACUCUCUCCCAAGGUACCCCUUCAUCGAGACUGGAUAUCUGGGCCCGACAAGCUUCUGCGACAUCUACGAGCAAGCCCAAGAAAACCUCUCUAUCCUUCGCGGCAGGUCUAGCGGGAAUAGUAGCAACGCCGGGCAGGUCGACACGGCCCCUUCUGUGAAGCUGCCAGAGCUAUCCCCUCGGACCCUGGAAAGAUGUCUGGCCGUUCUCAGAAAAGUCCCACGCCGGGACGAAGGCGAGAGACUGUGCAACGCCUACUCCAACCCCAACGAGAUAUGGCUUGGUCUCGUUGGCCAUCGAGUGCGGGACUCCUUCUACGAUACCUUUGGCCAGGAUCUAGGCGAUGACCGGACAGAUGCCGGUCUUGGCGAAAUCGCAAAGCGGCUCUGCUACAACACUUCACGACCUUUGCGAGAGGAUGAGAAAGACCCGGAGCAAUGGGUGCGUCAGUUUUCUGGACCCAACCUCAGAUGGGAGACGAUGGGCAUCAUUUUCUUUUACUGGGCCAACUGUACCUACCAGUCAACCCCGCUCUACGCCGAGCUACUGAGGAACCCCCAGCAUAAAUCCGAUGUGACAGACUAUCUCGAGGCCAUUGACUUUUGCAUCGAAAUCUCCAAGAGUCUAACCAACGGAAACUCGUUGCUGGUUUUCUUGCUUCUCCGGCGGGGGCUCCUUGAAUCCAUGAAAUCCGGAGAUACCAGUCCGCUGAUGUGGAAAUUGCACGGCGAUACGGUUUCCCUCCUCACGUUUCUGGGCCUACACGCAUGUGCGCCCGACGGUCCCAAAUAUGUGCCGACGAUAUGCUCCGAGUGGAAGCGAAGAGUCUGCGCUUUUGUCUUCAUCGUCGACAAACUACUCGCCUCUUUCACCGGCAGGCCGCCGGCCCUCAGUCGCCGGUACAUGCUGACUCCUCUGCCGCUGGACCUUGAUAACGAUGUGUUUCUGGGAGACAAGGUAUCUCUUUCCCAGGCUAUGCAACAGCUGAAUGCCACCGGCUGGAACAAAAACGGCGUCAUGACCUCCUCGACCAUCUAUCGUGCUCGGACCGCAAUUGCUUUUUUGAAAGACGAGUUACUCGAGAUUGCCAUGGGUCACGGGCUUGAAAGAACAGUCGAGACCCUCUUGGAUAUUCUGCGACGAGAGUCUGAUAUGAUGGCAGCCCUUCCCGCUGGUCUCCACUACAAGCACGGGGAUAUGCUCGAUCCAUGCCUUGGCCCGACUAUAGUUUACAGCCGCUUCCUGGUCCAUCUCGAACAUCUGCACAACCUUUUCUUCAUCCACAGGCUCCUAAUCCAGAGGGGCUACGAUAGCCAGGCUGAUUUGGUGGCCGUGAGCUUCGAGAUGUUGUCCGUUACACUACUUUCCUGGACGCAUCUCGACCGGUUGCCCCGGAUAGCGAUAGAUAUGGAGUGGCUUGUAAUGGCAUAUGCCGCUCCUUCGGGAGGCAUCCUUUGCCAGGAGCUGCUCAAGCAAACCGCAGCCCCCGACGUGGUGCCAACCAGCGGGAAGCCGGGCCCGACGCGCUUCGCCAUCAUCGAGAAGCUGUUCCUCUUGAUAGGCUUUCUCGACUGGGUCUCGCCGAAUGCACCGAAUAGUGACCUCUGCAGGUCAUGUAAGCGGGUCAUCCGUCUGGUCUUGGAGAAGGUGACGCAGGAAACCCCUCCGGCUAGCGGAGCUCCACAGGCUGUGCCCGUUUUCGAACCGUGGAAAUGGGACCUGGGAGAUACAUCGCUGGACUUUGAAUUCGAUCUUCUAGACACCUUUGAAUGGUUGCGGCCGGAACUGCCGUCAAUACAGGGUCAUGUGGACCAGAGCCUGCCUGAUUGA